CUGGGCCAUCUGGCCACCCGCCGUGCUACAAGAUCUACGACUAAGCCAGAAGACCUCGAUUCUGGACACAGCAUCCAAAGUCCACCGCCAAAGCAAAAAAAUCGAAGGGCCAAGGCAGACGGCUCCCGUAUAGCCACAGGCUCAGGGCAGGAGCAGAGACCGCUCGGAAGUGUAGAAACGGCCGGCUGUCAGACCACCCAGCGUUCUGCCUCGCAUUCGGAGGGACUAGUUGGCCAAUAUUCCUACAGUAAGCCAAAAGAUACCCGUCGACAGGCUAUCGCUUCCUCCGUCGCCACGGGUCCCGAGCAGGAGCAAAGGAUACUCCAAACUGUUGAAACUCAUACAGCCGGGGCAGAGCCGAGCACUUAUCACUCUGAAGAAGACGACAUUGAAUAUAACCCGAGUUGUGACUCUGAUGAGGAGUACGUCGAAGAGGAUCCUCUGCAGGUCUAUUACGAAAGGGUCGGAUACUUACCACCCCUGGAUGACGCCACGAUCGAGGUCCUGAACUUUCUAAGCAUGUCUAAUCCAGAUCUUGACGUGGAGGCAGGUCGUAUCUCACCACAGAAUGACGCCGAAUUCAAAGAAGGGCUAUUGUGGCGCAUGGUGGACAUCAAAGCCGAUCGCGGCGAUGACUUUCAAUUGAAGGAGACGCAGGAUGUGCCUCACCCCAUUGUAUCUGAAGAUAUCCAAGACUAUAACGAAAAGCUCUGGGACAAGGACUUAAAGAAAUGUCAAGGGCAGGUCCAGGAAGCCAUCUUCCAGCGCACCAUGAUGCUCUCCAUGAUGCUCUCCAUGAUCGAUCGUUACCGCCUCUUCUACGGGUAUCGAGAUACCAAGGAGCAAUCUCCCCUUGAAUUCGCAGUAGAAACUGCCUGGACCUGCCUGCCAAUGCCUACACAUGCCGAAAGGCGGGGGAAAAAGUUCCUCACAUCCCCAAAGCCGGACUUGGCUGUUGGGUUUCGUCGACAGAACUUGUUCCAAAAAUGCGACUGGAACUCCUUCCCCGAAGAGACGCAGAAACUCAUAUGUUAUGAGGGCCAAAGGCCACCGAACGAUGAGCGGGCGUUCUAUUUUCUUACCAUCGAGGCGAAGCGCGGGUGGAAGAGUGUUGAUGAUCCGGUUGCGUUGAACCAGUGCCUGAAUAACGCGAGCCAGGCUCUGCAUAAUAUGUUUGAAGUUUUCAAGGAGGCUGAUAGAGAGGCAGGGGAAGAGUUCAAGGUCAAGGCGGAUGAAUAUACCAAGACGUUCUUUGAGAGAGUUCGCUUCUUUUCUGUCGUCGCGGUAGCUGGGGCUAUGAAGAUUCGAAUCCACCGCGCUUGCCAGCUGGGCGAGAACGACCCGCCGGGACCUAAAAAGGAUUACCCGCUACGAUUUGCCUAUUCGAAUUACAAGGUGGUCAAGGAUGAGGAUUUCAAGCGUCAAAGCGUCGUGGAAGAGCUCACCAAAAUCCUUUAUAACUACGGAGUCAACGAGCUCGCCAGCCACCUGAAAGAUGCCAUCAGGAAAAUGAACGAGAAAUUUGUCCACUACAGCUUUCUCAAAGGCCGUGUGCUGACCCGAGGCCCACUGUUCUAUUCCUACAACCAAGCCGUUCCGCCUCCAAGGAAAGGCGGGAAAUCAACCCCUAGGCCGAGCCAACCGCCCAUGAGUGGAUCCCAGACUCCUGUACCAGGACACGGCCCGAGGGAUUACCAUAGGCCGCAAUCUAGUGCUUCGAGUCUGUCCCAGUCGAUCAGUGCUAACUUGGAUCAGCUCAACGUCGGUUGGGGGGCCUCUGGUGAGAUGAACCAGAGGGCGAAUGCUCGGGUAGAGAAUACUCAAGAGGCGGGGACGAUGUAUGAAGGAAUGGGACCCGAUAUGGGAAUCAACAGUUCUCCGAGGAAAGGGAGGAAACGGCGGAGAACAGGGACUUAG